ACGGUUAUAUACUGCGCACUUAUUAGUUGCAUAAAUCUCCGAGGCUGUAGCUGUCCUGCAUACGAGUUGGGAAAAGUGCAGGUUAGCCUCUCAAGUUGGCUUGCUCGUUUUGCUGUCCUGAGCCCGUCCAAGCUGAAGCUGCUUCCCUGCUUGCCUCCGAGACUGUUAGGGGCGACAAGACAACCAAAAAUCAAGGAGCAAGUUGGUCUCUUUAAGAAGGGUCUACUGAUGAGUCUGGUGAGAGAUGCAGUGGCGUUUUGUACCUCCGUCAAACAGGAGGAUGAAUGGUUGUCUUAUAGGAAUGGGGACAGGUCGACCGACGUGAACAUAAAGGACUGCCUAUCUGUCAGUGCAAGCUUAAGAGAAGAUGAUUCGACCCAUCGGAAAGCCAGUGUCUGGGGAAUUCGCGCACAGUUCUGA